ACUGAGAUGAGCUCAGCUAGCCUCAGAUCAUCAGCUGAGCUGAACAGAAAAGAAAAGAAAACAUUUCUGCAACAUAGGUUCGAAACGGACGAGCUAUCGUUUGUAGAUGUUCUGAAGGCACGAUUAUGAGCAGUAUCUUAGCAUCUGUUGUUGGAAGGCAGGUAGUGAGACACACCCGUAAGAUCCAUUCUCUCGCUCCGAGAGUCCAGGCAUCGCUCAGACCUUCCAGUGCCACGUUCUGCUUUUCUCGCCUUGCGAACACAAUGGCCUUUGCGAAAUUCGAGGUCGUUCCUGACGUAAUUCCUGAGGCUCCUCCGGCCAUCGCCACCGUGAAGUAUGCUGAAGCCGAUGCACAGGAGGGUAACAUUUUGACCCCCACUCUCGUGCAGAAUGCCCCCGCGGUAACGUGGCAGGACGAGCCUGGAAAGCUGUACACAGUGGCAAUGGUGGACCCAGACGCCCCAAGCAGGGCUGAACCGACGUACCGUGAGUGGCGACACUGGCUUGUCUUCAAUGUGCCCGGCUCUGGCAAGGUGGGGGAAGGCCAGUCUCUGUUCGGUUAUAUCGGUGCUGGUCCGCCUCCAGACACAGGACUUCACCGUUACGUUUUCUUGAUUUAUGAGCAACCAAGCACCAUCUCACCAGCUGAUCCCAAGGUCACCCCUACGUCAACCAAGAACCGACCGAAAAGCUGCAUCACAAAGUUUGUUAGCGAACAUAAUUUGAAACUGGUUGCUGGCAACUUCUUCCAAGCAGAGUGGGAUGACUAUGUGCCGACUCUCUACUCUAAACUUGUGGACUAACCGAUGUGCCCUCUUCGGUCAGACAUACACGACGUACACGAGAAGUAAUGCUGCGGCACUCUUUGCACUGCGUGAUUGCUGCAGUCAGUGACCAGCGUAGCGUUAUUUCUUCUCCUUGCAACAUCUAUUAGAUCAUUAUAGCUUGCCAGUUGGCGUUUGUAGUGGAUGUACAGUUUUACUCUCCUUUUUUUUUACUACAUGUAGCAAUGUACAUGUACAUGUAGUACCGGUAUGUAGUGCCACAGCCUAGCACAGGUGGCAUCACAUACUGCCCAGUGGCGUAGCAUCAAUAACGAUAUGCACAGCUUUGCCUUUGCCACUGCUGA